AUGACUCUCACUGAAUCAACCGAGACAUUGUCAGGCAAAUUUGAAACACUAAAACAAUUAACUAUUCUAAAAAUCAUUGGAGGCUAUUUGGAGAUAAUUAGAAAUGACACAUUUACCAGUUCAAAUAAUAAACUUGAAGAGCUUGAAAUAACAUCUUGUUCAAUAUUUUUAAUUGAACCAAAAACAUUUGUAAGUUUGAUUAAUCUCAGGGAAUUAAAUUUGUCAAAUAAUACAUUAAUGAGAAUUGCACCUGGUACAUUUGAUGGUCUUUCUAAUCUCGAAAUUUUACAACUACAAAGAAAUAAUAUUUAUAAAAUUAAAGAUACAGCAUUGAAUGGCUUGAUUAAUCUUCAAAUAUUUGAUGUAUUCUUUAAUGAUGUUACAGAGGGUAUCAUGAGAAUGUCUUGA